AUGAAGAUAUCCAUCCCACUCCUCGCAGCCGCAGCUGUGCUCCCAUCAGCCCUCGCAUGGGGUGCUGCGGGGCACGAGAUUGUUGCCACCAUCGCCCAGAUCCAUCUCCACCCGCACGUCCGCGACAAGCUCUGCAGCGUCCUCCCCCAGGCCGCCCACUGCCACCUCGCACCCAUUGCUGCGUGGGCAGAUGCCGUCAGGAGGCGGUAUCCCGAGACGGGACCCAUGCAUUAUGUCAACCCCAAGUAUGACCACCCGGCCGACCACUGCGAGUUUGGCGAGAAUGGCUGGAUCAACGAGGACGUCAAUGUCCUCACUGCCAUUCUGAACAAGACCCAGGCCGUGGCCGACGGCGAAGGUGACAUUGCGCUUCGCUUCCUCGUCCACUUUAUCGGCGACCUGCACCAGCCCCUUCACCUUACAGGCAGGGAAAAGGGCGGCAACGGCGCGCUGUUCCGCUUCGAAGGCCGUGCCAGGAGCCUGCACUCGGUCUGGGACUCUGGCAUUCUCACCAAGAACAUCCGCGAGCUGUCCAACUACACCACCCCGCUGCCGUCCAAGCAGAUCGAGGACAACCUCCCCGGUGCCAUCUUUGACUCAUACGUCCGCUGGAUCGUGUGGGAAGGUAUCCGCGAGUGGUGGGCCGAUGACCUCGACGAGUGGCUCGCGUGUCCCGCCGACGGCGACCCGUACCCGCACUCGAGCCUGGGCUCGUAUCCCGCCGAUUUCAAGACACAGGCCACCGCGUCGCGCGGCAGCGUGCUCGAGGGCGCGCUCGAUAUCGCCCACGCCGCUCUUGACGUGUUGCCCGACAUGCUCCACGGCCUGGUCGCGCCGUUCGUUCCGGCCCCAGCCAAGUUGACCCAGGGGUUCAACCAGAAGCUGCUCGCCAACACGCCCGCAAUCCUGUCCGCUACAGGUAGCGAGUUCAAGCAGCCUGCCUGCCCCUAUACCUGGGCAAAGGCCAUCCACGGACUCAACUGUGACGUUUGCUGGCCCACAGAGUACACUGGCUCGGGACCGCUCAUCGAGCUCGACACGGACAGGUACCUGGGCCACAUUGGCCGCGAAAAGAUCAUGGAGAAGCUCCUGGCUAUGGGUGGAUUGAGGCUGGCCAAGGUCCUCAACGAGGUGUUUGGUGACGCCAACGUCACCACCUCGGCACUCAACCUCGACUACGCAUAA